GUACUCUCGGCAUGUGCUGGAAGCUUAAGGACUUUGGGAUUACAGCGCGUUUCUUAGGAGAGUCUGAGGAGGCAUACAUUGGGAUGAAUGAAGCUUUUGCCAAAGGCGAUCGAGGAUACCUUGAAGAAAUGUGUACUCCAUCUAUGUAUGCAAAGCUCAAGAGUCAACUUAAGGAUCGUGUUGGACGAUAUGAGUGGAGGUAUCAUGGUUUAGUUGAAAAACCUCAGAUCGUAUCUAUCCGGCAAGGUCAGAUUGGAGGCCAUGUAUUGAUCCAGAUGAUUGUACGCUUGCAUACAAACCAAAGCAUGGCCGUCUUUGACAAGAAAAACAAACAAGUUGCAGGAGACUUGAAGAGAAUAACUCCUGUACUUGAAUACAUCGUCUUUCAGAGGUUUAUCACAGAUCCUGAGGAUAACUGGAAGAUCCUUGGCAAGGCUUCACCUGAUAUGAAUGUAUAGAAUAAACUGAAUACUUCGUUUAGUUGUAUGCAGUAAAUCAUUUUAUUCUUUUCUUUUCUUUAUCCCCGAUUCAACUGCUCCUUGGCUUCUAUUACCGUGGACACGAAGGAGUGUCUCUUUUUUUUUACUUAAUGUGUGUCUGAGAGCCUGUGCUGCUGCAUAAACA